AUGACUGCAACGUUAUUACUCCAAAGACCAACGGAGCGCGUAGAAUUGAAAUGUAAAUUUAAUAUGGAAGAAAAAAGCUUGAAUGCUGGCCUGCAUGCUGGCCUACGCAGGCCUACUGUUGGCCUCAACCAGCAUUGGCCUACUGAUGGAAAUUUUACGAACCCUACUUUUAUGUUUCUUUGGUCUCAAAUUUCUAACGUUUUCACUUGA